CCAACGGGUCGACGGGGCGCUGAGGUGAGGGGCGCGGCGGGGGCUGCCGGGAAGGGGGCGGACCGCGGACCGCCGGCAUGGCGCACAAGCAGAUCUACUACUCGGACAAGUACGACGACGAGGAGUUCGAGUACCGGCACGUGAUGCUGCCCAAGGAGGUGGCCAAGCUGGUGCCCAGGACCCACCUGCUGUCGGAGUCGGAGUGGCGGAACCUGGGGGUGCAGCAGAGCCAGGGCUGGGUGCACUACAUGAUCCACGAGCCAGAGCCCCACAUCCUGCUGUUCCGCCGGCCGCUGCCCAAGAAGCCGGAGAAGUGAGCGGGCCCCGGCCCACCGAAGCCCCC